AACCAACAAGACGUUCGUAAAUAUACUUCAGUUUCAACCGAGCUUUGCAAAAGUACACGUACUGAGUGCUUGAAGUGAUAACAAAAUAAAAAAAAAAUAGUUUUAAUUACAGAUAUAACGAUCAUUAAUAUUAUACACAAUAAUCUGUGUUUUUAUUUAAACAUAGCAUGGAAUGGACACCGCUUGUGAAGGCCCAAGAUCGGGUGAAAUCAUGGAUAAAUCCAACGGGCUUCGAUGUUCAGAAGUUGCGAGGUUUACUGAUGGGGAAUAUUUUAUCUUCAACCGUCGGUGAAGUUUGCGCUUACAGACUUUUACUCCAGGACAUAAGAGGCGGUGAACUACCUUCAUACGUGCCUGAUAUUCUUAUCGUAUCAAUGUCUGCAUUGGAAGCUAUUGUCACCCCCUUCGUGAGCUGGUGGGGCUUUAAGAACCGGAGACUCCUCAUGAUAUCUUACACUCUUAUGGUCAUGCUGACAACUACCUCCUUGUACUUUUUACCGUCAGCGGCCGUUAGAGAAGAGUCAGAGUUCUGUGACGCGGCUAACUUAAACAACGACCUCUCCUACCUGGGUGUCAGCGCGCGUUCAAUAAUACGCCUAAUAUUCAUAAUCUUUUCGAUCGUGGCCUUCCAGUUGACACGAGUGGUCACUUGGACCCAUGGGAUUGGGUACAGUGAUGAAUACGCCCCUGAACGAACCAGCGUACAUUAUGGAGCCCUACUUCUCGUGCGUGUGUUAAUAUUGGUUAUUGGAAAUCGCCUGGUGGCUGAACUGCUGGAAAACCUCCAGCCGGUCCAGAUCUCUUUGGUACUCUUCGGAUAUGUAUUGAACUUCUUCAAGUUCUUCUGCGUCCUUCCCAAACAGGCCCCUGAAGUUGAUGGCGUGCAGAAAACUCAGCUUCCAGUGAUAGGACGAAGUUUUCCUCUAAGCAUGGCCCGCGUGUUGUCUCUGUCGUUGGUGUUGAAGCAGUCCAUGGCCGCUGGUCUUCUAGCAGCCGCGCUCUGGGGCAUAGGAUACAGUCAGGUUCAGAUCGCCAAGGUCAAGUUUCUCUUAGCUCCCAGCGCUAAACUUGGUUUGGCCGAAAUCCUGCUCAUGAUGUUCAUCAUAUUUCCAGUGGCUCUUGCAGGUGUAAAGUUUUCAGUGCCAGUGCUGAAGGAAUACUGCAAGAAGAAGGCUCUGAAACAAAUAGUAAUCAUGACGACCUUCACAUUUGUGUUCCUGGUGCUACUCAUCACUCUACCCAAAUGUGACAGAGGGAGAGUGUCAGGGUUGGGAGACUAUUAUUACGACCACCCGCAGUGUAGUUUUUCUUGUGGUUGUAAGCCAACGUGGUCCGAGUUCAACCCUGUUUGUGUGACAAACAAUAUGACAACCUAUCUCUCUCCUUGUCACGCAGGAUGCAGUAGCUCAGAAACGAUUAAUGGAGUGCUGGUGUACACCAACUGUUCAUGUGCCGGAGGUGGACCUGCCCUUCUCGGAGCCUGUUCCGUCACCAACUGCGACAACCAGUUCCUAUUACAUCUCAUUCUAUUUGUCGUAGUGGUGACCUUCUCUCUGCUAGCUUUCCAAGCGCAGGGUGUCCUGAUCCUCAAAACAGUGGAUCCGAGAGACAAGUCCGUGGCCACGGGGCUGUUUUUAUCCGUGGUCGUCAUGAUCUCAUUCGUCUGUGGUCAUCUCUUAUUUAUGUCUAUACGAGUGGCGACCUGCAGUUGGUACGAGGGUGGUGAGUGCCAUGUCCAGAGUGAUCUCUUCCCAACCGUGGUCGGCUUCACAAGCUGUUUCUUCGCUCUGCUGUCAGCUCUCAUAAGCGUCGUGUCCUUGGUUUUGUGGAAGGUGUAUGAUAACAAUGAUGAAGGCAGUACCAACUUGUGAAAUUUAAUGUAUUUUUAAAUUUUUUAUGUGCAAGAGUGGAAAAUGCCUCCUCCAAUAUAAAUUUUAAUGGUUUUUAAAGUGUAUUCGAGGAAAAUUUAUAGUAACAUCUGUGUUACCGCGUACUUAUAUAUGGAGAUGUGUAUACUCAGAUUAAAAAUAUUAAUCUUUAGGUAUGACAGAAUAAAAUUUUUAUCAUUUGUUUAAUUGUAUAAAAAUUUAAAAUAUGUAAGUUCCAAAAGUGCAUCUUAAUUUAUUUAUCAUUGAAAUGUGUCUGGUAGGUAUGUAGGUAUCUGCAAAAUUUAAUAAUUUUUAAAAAUUUGCAAAGGUUUUUUUUAUGUCACGGCAUGCAUUAUUAUGUCUUCAUAUAAAAUUUAUUCCAUUUAUUUUGAUUAUUUAUAUAGUAUAAAUAAGUAUAAAUAUUAGUCACUAAAUAUAUAUUAUUUGUUAAAUUGCAAAAACGUAACAAAAAUAUAAAAAUUAGUUUUUUUUAAUUGUCAAUUGUAAUGUUGUUUUAAGAAUUGUUGUAAAGUGUAAGGAAUGUCAUGUUGUAUUUGCAUGUGCAUUUAAUGCAAGCUUUAGUACAAAUAUUAAAUUAUUUUAGAUUU